CGCCUAGUCUGUGGUGCUGCUGCACUUCCUCAUUGGCAGCAAAGUAUUACCACUCCUGCGAGGUUUGAGCCUGAAAUAAACACACAGCAGGUUAAGUUUUAUUUAAUCUCCGAGCCCUGCAAAUGUCGAAGCCUCCUCCCAAGCCGGCCAAGCCAGGCCAAGUCAAGGUGUUCCGAGCUUUGUUCACCUUUGACCCCAGAACACCAGAUGAGCUGUUUUUUGAAGAAGGAGAUUUCUUGUACAUCUCUGACACAAGUGACAGUAAUUGGUGGAAGGGGACAUGCAGAGGAAGGAAUGGACUAAUUCCAAGUAACUAUGUGGCUGAGCUGGCAGAGUCCAUUGACAACCCAAUGCAUGAAGCAGCCAAACGAGGUAAUCUGAGCUGGCUGAGGGAAUGUCUGGAGAACAAGGUUGGAAUCAACGGGCUGGAUAAAGCUGGAAACACUGCCCUCUACUGGGCAUGCCAUGGAGGGCAUAAAGAUGUGGUGGAGGUGUUGCUAAGCCAGCCCAACGUUGAGCUCAACCAGCAGAACAAACUCGGGGACACGGUUCUGCACGCUGCUGCCUGGAAGGGUUAUUCUGACAUUGUGGAAAUGUUGCUAAACAAGAAUCCGAGAACAGACAUCAGGAACAACGAGAAUAAACUCGCUCUGGAGAUGGCCACCAACGCAAUGUGUGCGACACUUCUCAAAAGGAAGCAGGGAAGCAACAUCACCCGCACACACAGCAACGCUGAAGAGUAUUUGGACGACGAGGACUCGGACUGAGCCGUCGCUGUUUGAACAUCAUCACUGUCUUCCACUGGGUUAUGGGCAGUCACGGAGCUCAAAUAGUUAACAGACCUAAGAUGAAUUUGCUGCUCUGUUUCUAACUGUAACACCAUCUUAGUUCUAUUAUUUUGUGCUAAAACCUCAAUUCUCCCCCCUUUGUAUCCAUCAGUGUAAAUUUCCAAACAUUGAAUUGGUCCCUUUACAGUUUUCAACCUGUGGGGGGGGGGGUUUGUCCACUGUCCACUGUCCACUGUGGACUGAGGGGAGAAUACAUGUAGUAGUGCAGGGGUAUAGGGACCACGACUCUAAGACACACAUUCCGAACAUACAGAUUGUGUUUAACCCAUUUACAGAUUGCAGAGCAGAUUAAAGGAUUGAUCUGGUUUCUAAUGCUCCAUUUAAAUUACUGCCAACUACAAAAUCACAGAACAGAAAUUGGAAAAUGUUAUCUCUUUCAGCUCGAGCUCUAUCACACCUAGUCACAAUUAAUAUCUCUUUAUGUACAUCUGGUAGACAAUGCAACAUUUUAAUAACCUUAAUAUUUUCCUUUUAAUGGGACAUGCUGACCAGAUUAUAGAUUUCUUGUGUUAUCCGCUUGGUCAAAUUGAUCAGAUGUCAGCAAUGUGCAACAGGCUCAAUUGGGGAAAUGUUUCUAUAAACUGUCUAAAAUGGCAGUAAUCUUCCUCCCUCUCCUUCAAAAGGUCAUACAACUCUCCUGUACCUGUCUAUAAUACAUUGUUUUUGGGUCUGUGUUAUUACACUUUCCAUUACCACUGCUAUUUAAGAUCAGGUUGGUGUAAUUACAACCAAUUGCCUUGUGUAACACAGACUUUAAAACUAUCUUUUUGAUAAUCAAUCUUUUGAUGGUGGGAUUUUCAUUCUGGGAGCAAAUUUCUGGUUUUAUUGCUGCUUUCCAACAAAUGUUAUAUAUUAAAAUGCCUUAAAUAUGUGUACCAUGGUAAGUGUGUCUGGUAUGUAUCAAUGUGAACACACCUGUGUCCUAUGAGGUUAUGAAUUUCUUAAGAUGAUUUUGUUCUAGAUUUCUAUCUGCUCUGUUUUCAAUCUACAAUAAAAGAUUUUUAUCUAAUGUUAA